AAAUUUUUCUUACAAAGGACUAAACAAACAAAAAUAGCCUACUUUUAGAAUGCGAGUAUGUCUGGAAGUAUAAUAUUAGUCCUUGACACCUGGGUAUAAGUUAGGUCUGCAGAUUUCAUCUGUGUCAGGAAGUAUCUGCAUGGGGGAGGGGGGUGUCAUGUGAUAAUAAAUGUGGUUCCUAAGCAGUUGCUUCAGGGGAACAGGCAGGUAGACCAGGCUUGAUAAAUUUGCCUUUACAAACACACAGGGCCAGGCUGACACAUUCAAACACACCCAGACACGAGGGGGCACUGGUCCCAUGAGGGCCAUGGAUAACGACCCUCCAACUCCAUCCACCAGCCAAGACUCUGUCCACAGCAGAGCUGUACUCUGAACAGGAACCCCUGCCCGCCAGGGAUCCUGCUCCAGUGGGAUCUGUCUGACCAUAGCUUCCUGGGGGUCAGAGUGGAUCUAGUCCCAGGAAGGUGGGAUGCAGGGGGAAUCUCAGGUGAGAACAACCUCAGGUCUUGUUCCAGAUCUGGCCACAGAGCACUGAUUGGAGCCCUAAACCCCUUAGGACCCAAGGGCCUCUUCCUCCUCCCUGGGCAGGGCAGCCUCUUGACCUUUGCUCACCUGCAGUUUAUGUCCCUUUGGGCCCAGCAGCUGAAGGAAGGAAUGCUGGGCACGGCUCUGGAGUGCCACUUGCUGGCUGGCUGUGAGGAGCCAGGAGACUGGCAUUCCUAGCACCAAAGCCCUGUUGAUCUUUGACCCCCACCCCUCCCUGGGAGCCUUGGCCCUCCUCCUGCCUUCCUUUUUUCCCUGCAGGCCUCUCCCUCUGUUUGCCAUCUCCUCACUUCAUUCUGUGCCCUUCCUCUGCCUAGCAUGUUUUCCCAGCCUCUGGCUCAGUCCAAUCCUUCCAUGCUGUCUUCAAGCCCUGCUUCCUGCACGUCUCCCAACCCAGACAAGGAGAACCCAAGUAAGAAGGUCCAGUGGGCUUCUGGGAGGAGGAGGACAUCAUCCACAGACUCAGAGUCCAAGUCCCACUCAGACCCCUCCAGGGUGUCCAGGUCCCGGAGACCCAGCCGGCUGACGGUGAAGUACGACUGGGGGCAGCUCCAGCGCUGGCUGGACAUGGAGCAGUGGGUAGGUGCUCAGCUGCAGGAGCUCUUCCAGAGUCUCACUCUGUUGCCCGGGUUAGAGUGCCGUGGCGUCAGCCUAGCUCACAGCAACCAAGGUCAAACUCCUGGGCUCAAGCAAUCCUCUUGCCUCAGCCUCCCAAGUAGCUGGGACUACAGGAUCAACCAGCCCCUUCUGAGCCUGAGAUUGACCUGGAGGCUCUCAUGGAACUAUCUACAGAGGAGCAGAAGACUCAGUUGGAGGCCAUUCUCCAAAACUGCCCUCGCCCCACAGAGCCUUUUAUCUCUGAGAUGCUCAGUGAACUCAAGAAACUCCGGAGACUCAGCCGGCCUCAGAAAUAACCCUGAGAGACUAUCUUCAGCAGCCUCCGUGCUGUCAGACCUGUCUUGAACCUCUGGAUCCCAGCUGAGAGGGAAACAGCUCUUUCGGACACAGACAAGGAACAUGGAGGACAAGGAGGGACAUUUUGUACAUACCUAGUGUAUGUGCAGUCACAACUGGUUUCUGUCAGCUGGGCUGUCUGGGAGCCGACCAUGGCUGCUGCCCAGUGCUUUCCUUGGCAGCCAAGUGGAUAAAACCUUUAGGAUCCCCA